AUGUAUUUAUUUUAUUUUUGUUCUGAUAUAUCCUUUCCUCCCUCCACAGACACCUCGGCGGCGUUGUCCCUCCUGGAGCGGAUUCAACGCUCCAUCAAGGAAUCCGAGGACACGAGGCUGUCUGACCAGUGUAGUAAUGACCUCAACACGCUCAUCUCCGUCCUUGAGAGUCCCGUCUUUAGGGGCAUCGUUAUUAUACAGGAUUCACUGAAGGAACUGAAGAAGCAGGUGUUGCAGCACCCGUCCAUCGUCCCUCGUGACUUUGACAUCACGGAGGACGGCAGGCUGGUCCUUCGUGUUGCGCAGGACCCCCUCCACUUCGCCCCUGCCGCCGCCUAUCCCGCCCCCGCCGCCACCACCAAGACUGCACUCAUCACUCAGCUCGACGGCCCUGAUGUCGUUCCCAGCAAGGCCGCGGAGAGCAUAGAGCUGAAGGAACUGGUGCACGUCAAGGAGGAGGCGCAGGUGGAGGACGAGUUGGUGGAGAAGAAACUGAAGAAGGAAGAUCAGGAAGAGAAGUACGAGCAAGGGGACGAGGAGAAGGAGGAGGAGGUGGAGGAGCUUGAUGAGGACGAAGGCCACCCACCCAAGUCAAUCACCAAUGCUACACUUGACCAGGAGCUGCAGAGGGCCAUCCACGUGGCCGCGCAGGGCAGGGAUGUCCACCAUAUUCAGCUGUUCAAGCCUGAGGGCAGCAGUCUGGGCUUCAGCGUGGUGGGCCUCAGGUCGGAGAAGCGAGGCGAGCUGGGCAUCUACGUCCAGGGCAUCCAGCCGACAGGAAUCGCUGCUAAGUAAGUUUGGUGUUUUACCUUGCCAGCCAAUCAGUCGGUCAGUCCGUCAGUAAGUGUGUCUUUUUCCUUCAUUUCUUCCUUUAUAUUAAGAAGCAAUUCCUUCCCUUUACGUGCAUUUGCUUCGUUUUAUGUUGUGAAGUUAUGACAAAGUGUAAGAGAAAGGAUCACUUGACAUUUUAUAUUGUGUGUUGAGAAGGAAAUGAAAGGAUGUAAAUUUGGAAGGGAAUGUUCAGAGAGAGAGAGAGAGAGAGAGAGAGAGAGAGAGAGAGAGAGAGAGAGAGAGAGAGAGAGAGAGAGAGAGAGAGAGAGAGAGAGAGAGAGAGAGAGAGAGAGAGAGAGA